AUGGCCCACCAAUCAGGCCGCAUCAACGGCCUAGCUCAGUGCCAGCCCAACCUCUCAUCAAGUACCUGCAACUUAUGUGUACAAACCGCAAAAGAUGCGGUCACAGAUCUAUGUCCGAAUUCUAGUGCCGCCACGGCAUGGUUCGACGGCUGCUACAUACACUACUACUACCAUACAUCCAACUCCACACAUGAAAUUCGUGUCUACCAAUCACGGUCGAACCGUACACACGUUACGGACCGGACCCACUUCGCGUACGCUCUCGACGCAUUGCUCCUUCGCCUCACCGCCGACGUUCAUCUACCGUCCCGCCGUGGAUUUUCAUCUGGAAUCGCCGAUUAUGGCGACGGACGCCGAGUCUACGGUUUGGCUGAGUGUCUUGAGUUUGUUACGCUUGAGAAUUGUGUGGCCUGUGUCACACGUGGGGCACGUGAAUUGCACGAGUGUUGUGGUGGGAGUGCGGGUGGGACCGUUGUUGCUGGGAGUUGCCUUGUACGGUUCGAGAGCUAUCAGUUCUUUUCGUCGGGUGGGAUGUGCGAUGCUGGGUCAGAUUCUAGUGGGCCAAUCACUAGUUAUGAUGAGAUGGACGGUGAUGAUUGUAGAGGGUUUAAGGUGAAGGUUGUAUGGGCUUGGAGUGUUGGAGUUGCUUGCUUUGUUGGGGUUGUUUUGGGUGUUUGGAUGUUGAGAAGAAAGAUUAUUUCUGUUAAGGUUGCAACCUAUCCUCUAGAGAUUAGUGAAGAGAAAUUGUAA